AUGGACUUCAGGAACUACAGCACCAUCACAGAGUUUAUCCUCCUUGGGCUCUCUGCCAACCCCCACAUCCAGGCUGCACUCUUUGUGCUCUUCCUGGGGUUUUACCUGCUGACCAUCAUGGGGAACCUGCUGCUGCUGCUGGUGAUAAGGGCUGAUUUCCACCUCCACACCCCCAUGUACUUCUUCCUGAGUCACCUCUCUUUCGUUGAUAUCUGCUUCUCUUCAGUCACUGUGCCCAAGAUGCUAGAGAACCUUCUGUCUCAAAAGAAAACAAUAUCAGUAGAGGGCUGCCUCACUCAAGUCUUCUUUGUGUUUGUUGCUGCAGGAACUGAAGCCUGUCUGCUUUCUGUAAUGGCCUAUGACCGCUAUGCUGCCAUCUGCCACCCUCUGCUCUAUGGACAGAUCAUGAGUAAACAACUGUAUAUGCAGCUUGUGUGGGGAUCAUGGGGGCUGGGCUUUCUAGAUGCAUUCAUCAACAUCUUCCUAGCUAUGAAGAUGGUCUUCUGCAAGGCCCAAAUCAUCCCCCACUACAGCUGUGAAAUGCCUUCUCUCCUCUCACUGUCCUGUUCUGAUAUCUCCAGAAACCUCAUUGCCUUGCUCUGC